GUUGGAGGCAACACUCAAAAGACAGGAGGGGUAGGAGAGAGCCUGGUGGUGAUUGAGCUUGGAGUGGUGGUCAUUUGAGCUCCUGGUACUUCUUUCUGGACUUCUUCCAAAUCCUAAGCUCGAGGCUUCGGUACUGUCCAUCUGAUUAAGCUGAUGAGUUCAACAUCUUCUAUCAUAGUAGCAGACGGGUUGGUCCUCGGUUUCAUUACCAGGCAUUAAUCGACGAAGAUGAGCUCCGGUACGAGCAGUCUAUUUGAAGGGAGCACUGCCACCGGUGGCAACAAGACUUCAUGGCCGGAGUUGGUGGGGAAGUCCGUGGAGGAGGCCAAGGAGGUGAUCUUGAAGGACAAGCCGGAUGCUAAUAUCGUCGUGGUGCCGGCGGAUUCACCGGUGACCAUGGACUACCGCAUCGACCGUGUACGCCUCUUUGUUGACACCGUUGCCGAGGUCCCUAGGGUCGGCUAGGUAGUUUGCGAGUUCGCCGGCUGGCGUACAUUUAUGCAGCUUGCACUCUUCUUGGAUUUACCAAGUUUGAGAUAGCGCUAGAUCAUACAAUAAGAAGCUGGUGUUCUGUACAUGCAGCUUGCUCUCUUCUUGGAUUUACCAAGUUUGAGAUAGCUAGAUCAUAUAAUAAAAAGCUGCUGAUGUUCAAGGGAAAGUUCUAAGUGAGC